CUGCCCUUGCCGCCGCCGCCCGCCGCCAUGAGAGGUCGGAGCAGCCGCGGCCCUGCGGUCGCGUCGACGUCGAGCCGGCGUGAGCCUGAGCACGAGGAUCCGGCGACCUCCGACGACGAGGUGGUUUCCUCGUCGUCGGGGUCGGAGCGGGAGAGCGACGGUGACGUUGAGAGGGAGCGGGAGCUGGAGAGCGCGCUCGCGGACGUUCCGUUCGGUGAGCUGCAGCGCGCCCGCGCCGACGGGUCGCUCGGCGGGCGCGGGCUUAGUACCGCCGCCGCCGCGGCGGCUGCCGCGCAGAAGAAGGUUCGCAGGGCGAGCAGGAAAAGGCCGAUGGAGAUCAGCACCAAAGUGCGGCCGCCGAGGCUCAGAGAGAUCAUGCAGGUUCCGAAGAAGGUUGUAAGGGACCCAAGAUUCGAACCUAUAUAUGGAGAGGUUGACAAAGAAGGGUUCAGGAAAAGAUACAAUUUCUUAUUUGAUGAUGAACUCCCUGCAGAAAAAGAGAAACUACAAAAAUCGAUCAAGAAAUCGAAGGACCCUAAUGCUAUUGAAGAAAUGAAGAGUCGCCUCACUUGGAUUGAUAAGCAAUUGAGAUCUCAUCCUAGGAAGAAUGUUGAGUCAGAGAUUCUGCGUGAACAUAUUAAGAAAGAGAGGGAAGCAGCGAAGACUGGAAAACAGCCAUAUUAUCUGAAGAAAUCUGAAAUUCGUGAAAGGAAGUUGAUGAACAAGUACAAUGAGCUCAAGGAGGCUGGAAAGCUUGAUGCCUUUAUGGAGAAGCGACGGAGGAAGAAUGCCUCCAAAGAUCAUCGCUACAUGCCAUAUCGAAGAAAUGGGGAUGCUGGUGCAUAAUGAUGUCCCUCGAGCUGCAUUUAUAUUAUAUUUUUUUUUUGCAUUGUCCAGCGUCCUGUGCAACCGAGAGCGGAAGAUUAACCUUUAAGGAUGAUUUGUAGCUGAGAUCUGAUUGCUGAUACCACAUGCUUUUGUAAUCGUAAAUUAUAGAUUUGUUACUUGUUUUGCUUGCUGCU